AUGAGGCGUUCCUGCAGCUCGGAGGGCGAGGCGGGCGGCACGAACUUCUUGCCAUUGAAGAACUCGCCCCACGGCUUGGCCGACGUCCACAGCGCGGAGACGUGGACCUUGGCGUUCUCCGUCGGCGUGGCCAGCGCCGGCACUGACUUGGACAGCGUCGUGGAGAAUGUGGCUAGAGAGGCGAGCGAUCGCGCAAAUGCCGCCGCGCCGCCCCCGCUGGGAGGCGCCGAAGCGGACGGCAUCGGGGACGCGGGGGUGGCCAUGGCGAUGCGUGUGGCCAAAGGGGGCGGUGCGGGAAGUAUUGGACUCGCCAUGCAAGAAGACCCUGAUGGGUUUGUCCGCACGGUAGAAGCCGCCCCGGAUUCUGACUUUGAUGAUGACGCCUCUGCGCUCGAGUUUGGCAGCGAAGACGGCGAUGACGGCGAUGACGUAAACCCUGCCAAGCCCUUCUUCGAGCCCGAGAGACCCGCUGGAUGGGACUUGUCCGACGCCCGUGCAGAGGCCGCAAAGCCGAGGCCGUUUCAGACUUCCAUCGAUGAAAAGAUAAAGACCCAUCAGAAGGGGCUCACAGAGCCGCCAAAGGAAGGCGCGGACGAGGAAAAGGGCGAGCUGCGAAAACGGAAAAGGGGGGGCCCAGAGGCCGUCGCGGACGUCGAAGCGGAAAAGGGCCCCAAGAAGGGAAAGAAGAGACUGCGUAAGGAGCGCGCCGCUGCGAAGAACUUUGUCGAAUUGCAUCUUUCACGGGCCUUGCAGAAGGCUGUGGAGCAGCUGGAGUGGCAUGAGCCUACUCCCAUCCAGUCGCGCGCAAUUCCCUACAUACUGGCGGGGCGUGAUAUAUGCGGAAGCGCCGUCACGGGGUCUGGCAAGACGGGAGCCUUCGUGCUCCCGGUUCUCGAGCGCCUCCUGCAGGCCGGCGUGGACAACGUCACGCGCGUCGUCAUGCUGCUGCCCACGCGCGAGCUAGCCGCGCAGUGCCACGCCGUCAUCAAAAACCUGGCCAAGUACACCUCGAUCCGCGCGGCGCUCGCGGUGGGCGGCCUGUCGAACAAGACGCAGGAAGCUGCGCUACGCACGCGCCCGCACAUCCUCGUCGCCACACCCGGCAGGCUGAUCGACCACAUCCGCAACGCUCACGGCUUCUCGCUCGAUGACAUCGAGGUCCUCAUCAUGGAUGAGGCUGACCGCUUGUUGGAGAUGGGCUUCCAGGCAGAGGUCGAAGAAAUCGUCCGCAACACACGUGCAGCAGGGAGACAGACCCUCUUGUUUUCGGCAACCAUGACGGAUGACUUGAAGGGGCUUAUCAAGCUGUCGCUGCAGAAUCCGAUUAACUUGGCUGUGGAUCCCGUUUUUGAUGUUGCCACCACGCUCGCACAGGAGUUUUUGAAGUCUGCAGAGUUACAUGGCAAUCUCACACAAGCGCAGCGGCUCGCAGCGUUAGAUACGUUCCGAGAUGGCACGGUUGAUUUUCUGCUCUGCACCGAUUUGGCAGCGAGGGGCUUGGAUAUUGCGGGUGUAGAGACGGUGAUAAACUAUGACCUGCCGGGCGAAGUGAAAGAGUAUGUGCACCGGGUGGGGCGCACAGCGCGAGCGGGGAAGCAGGGCCGUGCUUGCAGCAUUGUAUGCAGCGGAAAUAAUGAUGAACGGAGGCUGCUCAAGGGGAUUACAAAGCGCGCUCAAGGCCAGCUGUCAGCACGCAUUGUCCCACCAUCUGCGAUAGGGAAGUGGCGCGCAUGGAUCGAUAGCCUGGAGCCGGCUGCCAAGGCUGUGCUGAAGGAAGAAAAGCAAGAGAAGGAAAUGCGACUUGCGGAGAUGGAGCUGAGUAAGGCGAGCAACAUUCUCAAACAUUCGGACGACAUUUACAGUCGACCUGCUCGGACAUGGUUCCAGAAUGAAGAACAGAAGAGGGAAAGCAAGGUCAACGCUCGCAUGGCAAAGGGGCUUGGGCCGAGUCUAGAGGAGAAAGUUCAGGCUGAGAAAAAGAAGCAAAAGAAGCUGGCAAGAGAAAGGCAGACCCGCGAUCGGGAGAGUGCGGAACUGGAUCAGGGCCAUUCCAAGCAGCGGGCGGAUGCAAGGAAUGCGAAGAAGAAUAACCGGUUAAGAAAUUGGUCCUCGGUUGGAUAUGGCCUGCAAGCAAGGUAUGCCGGGAGGCAUGUUGGUACGAACUGUCGAGGGACUAAAUUUCGAAGGCUAACAUGGUGGGCUUGUGCUGCAAGGCUAGUAUGA